AUGGAGCAGCCAACUGAUGAAUGGAUUCAACAAAUCAUUCAUUUAUCAAAAAAGAUUAAAGAAUUUGAUGAUCUAAUCAGUAAAGACAAUAAUCGCAACUAUUCUAAUAGAGAUAGCAAAUCAAAAGAAUCAAAAAGAAUAGCAGUAGCAUUAAACAGCAGCGAAUGUAUUGGUAAUAUAUUGUUUUAUGACAAGAAACAAGAUGCAAUCUAUACCAAUCAAGUGGUAUCAUGGUUAUUAUAUCUACUUGCUCAUAAUGAUAAUCUCAUUAUUAAACAAGUAUCAAUAAAUGUAUUGAAUGCAAUGAUGACACCUUUUUGUAUAGAGUAUCGAGCUCUUUUAUUUACAAACAAGACUAUCAAAUUAUUGAUAAUAGAACUAAUCAAUCUAUUAAAAUUACAACAUUAUUCUGAAUCAAUCAAUGAAAAGAUUAGACAAUCAAUCAUUUCACUUGCUUUAUUCAUUAAUAAUAAUAAUAAUGAUCGAUCAUUAUGGAAUGAAUUAUUAUCAAUAAUAUUUAUUAAUAGUAAAGAAAAAGGAAAUGGAGAUUUAUUUAGAGAGGAAAUGUUUUAUUUGAUUGGAGAGAUUAGUUGUCACUUUGAAUCAACUGUGGUCGAGAAUAUACAUUCAUUUAAAAUGUUGUUAGAGGAUGGACUGCAAGAUACAAAUGGUCGAGUUGCAGUGGCUACACUCAAAGCAACGGUGGAUAUUCUUUGUACCGAUGCAAUGACCCAAAACCCACAACCUUUACUCUCACUUUUACCAUUUGUCAUUCCAGUGAUUGAAACAUCACUCAAUGUCAAUGAACAGAUAACAGAGUACUGUAUCCUCACAUUUCAACAUUUUCUAGAGUUUCAAGAUUUCCUCUUUGCUCAACAUACCAAACAACUCAUCGAUACACUAUUGCAAGUCGUUGCACAUCCCGCCACCAACAAUAAUAUCAUUCUAAAACGAGCAGCAUUUGAUUUUCUAUUUUCAACUGCUUCAGUCUAUGAAAAUGUUUGGAAUAGAAAAGAUAGUACUAGUCUUGUGACUCACGUCUAUGAAUGGUUAUUUUCAAGUGUUCAAGAUAUUGAUAUUAAAGAUUGGACAUUAAAUAACAAAUUAAUUGAUAAUGAUUUAAAUCAUGAUCAAGAUGAAAUUGAAAUGGAAAGAGAAAAAAAAGAAGAAGAAGAAGAAAUAGAAAAAGACGAAGAAGAAGAAAUAUCUAUGGAUGAUGAUGAAGAAAGAAUACCAAGAGUAAAAUUUAGAAAAACAAUUACAAAAGAUGUUUUAUCAUGUUUUAAAGAUAUAGCAAGAGUUAUGGAUGAUAAAUUAAUACCAAUUGCAUUACAACAAACAAAAACAUAUUUAAAAUCCCAAGAUUGGAAAAAAAGAUAUAUUGCUUUACAAUUUUUUGGAAUCAUUAGUUUACCAUUUAAUGAAUUUAUAAAAGAAAAGGAUUUUAAAGAUUUAUUAUUGAUAAUAUUAGAAAUGGUAAAUGAUGAAAAUCCUAGAGUAAGAUGGGCAUUUUUUAAUUGUCUUGGUGAAUUGGUAAAAUCAUUUGAAACUAUACUAGCAAAACAAUCUGCCAAUGUAUUUAUUAGUGUAAAGAAAGCAAUUCAAGAUCCAAAUGAACGUGUACAAGCUUCAUGUUGUAGUUUUAUUCAAUCAGCUUUGGUAUCUGAAAUGAUUAGAAAAAGUGACAUAACUCUUUUAUCAACUAUAAUAGAUAUCCUUCAACUACUUUUACAAUCAUCACGUAUCUAUGUAAUAGAAAAUGCUUUAUCAACAAUAUCAAGUCUAGUAAAAACAUUUGAAAAUGAUCUUAUUCCUUAUUAUCCAAAAAUUAUAAAAAUAAUAAUUGAAUUACAAAAAAAAUAUGAAAUUAAUAUAGAAACUAGAUUAAUUCAUAGUAGAGCAAUUAGAUUAUUUGGUUUGUUUGGAGAAUUGAUAGAUAUUGAAAAAAAAAUAUAUGAAAAGGAUUUUUAUACAUUGGUUCAAUAUAUUCAACAAUUAAAAGGUGAUUCGUUUGAUUUGGUCAUGUACGAGUUUAUAUUUGUUUGUAAAGGUGCUGCAGAAAUACUUGGAAAGGAUUUUGUUGUUCAUUUACCAAUUGCCACCAAAUAUAUCUUUCAAGUUUUGGAUCGGCUUAUUAAAGUUGGUGUUGUAGAGGACCGACGAAAAAUAGUAAUGACAUUGGAAACGUUGGGUUCUAUUUUGGUUGCACUAGAAUUGGAUCCAUUGGCAUUGGAACCAUACAAGAAUCAAUUGACAAGUUGGGUAUUGCAACUUUGCAAAUUACCUUUCAAAAAAGAGAUUCGUCGUGCUGCCAUCAAGAUUGUACCACUCUUUUGCCCUAUUGAACACACUGUAAAGAUGUUUUUCAUCUUGUUUGAUGUGCUUGUUGGGUCUUUUCUAAAUGAUAAAGAGAUGGUUGGUGAAAAGCUAUCUGCGACGAUCGAGCUUAUCGAGUAUGCUGGUGAUAGCUUUUUAUCAUUACAACAAAUAAGAACAUGUCUUGAUGAUAUUUUGGUUGUCAAAAACUUUAUCACUGCCAACUAUCAAAUACAUGAUAAAGACUCAUUGUUUAAUGCCUAUUCUGCUAUCACAUUACUCUUUUCCUUGCACAGGGAUCAAUGUGUCAGUAGUAUUAUCGGCGAUCAAAUCCAAUCGUCAUUUAUUGAAUAUGACACUAGCACCAUUAUAGAUGUCAAGGCACUUGCAUUGGGAUUUAUAGUCGAGUUGUGUGCCUUAUCCGAUGAAGCAACGCUAUUGCCAUGGCUACCCAAACUAGUUCCAGCCAUGACCUCUCAACUUUUGUCAAAGAAUGCGUCCAUGCGACAAAAUGCUGCUCAUGGUCUUGGUGUCUUUGCCCAAAUGACCCGACAUCACAUGGCUCCCUACGCACUAAACAUCCUCCAACUCUACAAGACUCUCAUCGCCGAGCCAAAGUCUAGACGCAAGGAAAACAUCGAUGCCACAACAAGUGCCAUCUCUAGCAUUGGAAAGUUUAUUCGUCAUGUACCACAACUCUCAACUCAUGUCGAAACAAUCUUUUCCGUUUGGAUUGGACUUGCAGAAACAGUUGAAACUGAGGAUAAAUCACUUUUAGUUUUAGACGACAUCUUGUCUAUUGUUCAGAUUUAUCCUAAUCAAUGUCUUGGCAAUGAUCAAAACUGUAAACAACUCUACAAUGUCAUUGACCAAUUCUCAAACUUUUCAAAUGAUCACCAAUCCAUCACCGAUAAGAUUUUGGAAUUUAUAAAGUUUAGAAAAUAA